AUGUCCAUCACGUUUGGCACAAGUGAUUUGCUCGAGUAUAACGCGAGGUAUAGCGUGCUGAUUUGCCGAGAAUGCAAGUACGCCAUUCAAAAGAGCGCCCUAGGAAGCCAUCUACUUCGGCACAAGAUCUAUCGCGGAGAAAGACAGCGAUUAUUAUCCUCCAUCGCUCAACUCGAACUUGUAGAGCCGGACGAUGUUCAACUUCCGCCCGUGAGUUUGUCACCGGUAGAAGGACUGCCCGUCAUUUCAGGCUACAGAUGUACGGCCAUCGGCUGUGAAAGUCUCUGUGCCAGCUCUAAGCGGAUGAGACGCCAUUGGAGCGAAAAUCAUGGCGUGAGUGAUCCUCCGGAGUCCUGUGCUCGUUCCGUAAAUCUUCAGACUUUCUUUCGGGGAACCAAAAUCAAGUACUUUGAGGUCGCGUCACCUGGGCAGCUGGUCACUGGCCAGGAGAUAGUUGCCCACCAGCAUUCUCUCAACCGCGUUCCCACACCGGCAUCCAUACUCCCUCUAGGCCCUCGGUGCAACCUAGACCUGGAAACGCUGAGGUACUUUCACCAUUUCACGACCACGACGAGUCUCACGCUUCCUGCCAGGAAUGGUGAGCCCGUAAAGUACUGGCAGAUGGAUGUGGUUGCACAAGCCCUGCGGCUGCGCUGGCUAACGUGUGGGUUGCUAGCUAUCUCCGCAAGUCAUCUGGCGGCGCUUUUGGACGACGAGACAACCAAGCGAGUGCAUCGGGAGCGAUCGGCGCAGUUUCUUCAAGAAUUCUCCGCUGGAUGGGGGGAGGUACUGCGUGAUCCUAGCGUGGCCAGACUCGAGGAAGCGAAGGCGGGCGCGCAGAUGCAUUGCAUUCAAUGUUGCUGCCAUUGGACGUCUGAAAUACCAGCGCUCAGUCAAGGACUGAUUCCGGGACCAGCACCUUUUGAUUUGCAGUCAUUCACAACGACUGUUCAAGGCUGUAUCGACCCUAACUUCGCUCUCCGCUCCGCAGUCAGCAGCGAUGACGUGCCCGAGGAAACGUGGAUUCGAGCCACCACAGAUUCGGGAGGAAGCUCAGAUGCUGGAGUCUCCGGUAACGUGCCCCCUGCGUUACUGUAUCGCUUCCGCAUUCUCCCGUAUCGCAUGGCAGAGGCAUUAGAAAAACCGGACAAUGCCCUAGACUUCGUUUCCACGCUUUCCGCUAUCGAUACACUGGUCGAAUGCUUUUCCUUGAGCUAUGCGUCCGAUGAUGUGGGAGCGGUAUGGACGGGCAUGGCGUCGUGGUUGAGGAUGCUAGGGGAUCGCUUCAACCAGAUGGUUUUGCACAAGAGUCCCGCUGCGCUCAUUGUGCUCGCUCAUUGGUUGUUGUUGGUCGAGCGAGCUGAGCGUUACUGCUGGUUCUUGAGAGGCUCGGCGAUGAAGUUAUUACGCCAGAUUACGGGAGAACUCCCUGAUGAUAGCGCUGCCCAGAGACUAGUCGGGGAUCUAAUAGGUUCAACAUUUGGGCAUUGA